AUGUCAUCUGGCUACGAUGAGCAGAGUACUCAAUCGAAGCAGCGUGUUACAACAAUCGUAUUGGCUGCACUGGCUAUUAUCUUUCUUUGCCUCCGUCUGCUCGCUCGACGAGUGAAGAAGGUGCAUUUGGGGGCCGAUGACACGACCCUGAUUGUGGGACUAAUAUUUGUUUUGGUUGUUGCAGGGGUCAAUCUUGCUUGCGUUGAAUAUGGCAUGGGCAAACACACAAGUACUAUCCCUCUGGAUAGACAGGGCACAUUUUUCAAGAUCCUAAAGCUUGUCUUUGCUUUCGAACCCCUCUAUAUCACCACGGCCGGCGUUAUAAAAUUAUCUGUACUUCUUAUGUACUACCGCAUCUUCCCCGUCCGCUAUGUGAAAAUCGGCGGCUUAAUUCUUGGCGCAGUAACCCUCGCUUGGGUCAUUUCGAUGGAUUUCUUAGCCAUCUUUCAGUGUUUCCCGAUCGCCAAAGCAUACAACCCCACACUCGCAGGUCAUUGUAUUAGUCUCAAAGGGGCACUCAUUGGAAAUGGUGUUCCAAACUUCGUGACAGACAUGUUCAUUCUAGCUCUACCUUCGAAGCUGAUAUGGGGUCUACAAGCAAGUUUGUGGCAGCGUGUAUCAGUCAUUGCCAUAUUUUUGACCGGAAGCUUCGUCGUGUUUGCGAGUAUUUAUCGCUUCAGCUUGAUCUUCAUCUUCGACAUGAACGAUGUUGCCUGGACACUUGCUGAUGCACAAACUUGGUGUGUUGUCGAACUCGCAGCCGGUGUCAUUUCAGCCUGUCUACCCACAACGGCUCCUCUGAUCAAAAUUUGUACUAAAGGCCUUGUUUCCACCGCAAAGUCGAUAUCGAAGUCUAAUCUGACUCAAUCGGAGGAACGAGUGCUUUCGCGGACAAGGGUAACUACACAUUCGAUCAACGCUGAGAACAAUUUCAACGCCAGUACAAAUAGUGCGCGUCGUGCUAGUAAUGGAGACUACGUCUUGGAGGAAAUGAAUCCUGGUCAUCGAGGAAGUUCGCAUUUGAAAGGCAAAGGAUGGACGGUGAUAAGCGCGGAGCAUGAUAGCGAUUAG